AUGCAUCGUCCUAUUAGCCAGUCAAAUACUGAUCUCGGGGUCUUAGCGAUACAUGUCGGAAACGGAAGAGCAAAUGCAGCGGUGGUGAUCCCUGUAACAGAUGUCGUGAGCAUAAAACAACAUGUUCCUAUCCACGAACGACGCGAUACCGUUCGGGCCGUCGAGACUCACGCGGAUAAAGCAAAUCCUGUGCGUCAGCAACGGGACCUGGCGAACGAUGUCUCGAGUGACUGCUCUGGCGCUAGUUCAGUACCUUUGAGGCCCGAAAGCUAUGAUUAUUCCAUCCGCCUUGGCGAGAAUAACUUUGGUUCUGUCAUGAACGAUGCAUCAAGAAAGCCAUCAGGAAAGCCUGCCUCCAACUUUGUGGGAGUUGAUCAGAUUCGCCAAGCUAUUGAAUAUAGGGCUGUUGGUUCCAUGGGCGGUGCCCUCGCAGCUUUCAACAUGGAGACCUGGAUGGCGGUAUUGCAGCUUUGGGACGAAGAGGUCGGUCUUCAAUAUCCUCUUCUAAACAUACAUCAGCUUCUCAACGAGAUCGAUGCAGCAAAACAAAACGCAGCUUCACCAAGGCCAUCUCCAAAUUCUAACUAUCAAUAUGCCGCCGAUAUCGCAUUUCUUGUACUUGCGAUACUCUCCUGUAUUAGGGAUGCAAGUGCAGUUGAGGUCGCUGAUCCUGCUGUUCAAGAGCUUCAUGGAAUCGUUCUGGUGCAAGUUCACACUGGACGCAUCCGUCGUGAAUCCAUGGUACUAUUACUACUCACUGCUGUUUAUUCAUUCCUCGUCGACCGAGAGAUUCUGGCAUGGAGAACUACAGGAACGGUUCUACGACUGCUACAGGAAUUUGAUUGCGAACACAACAAUGGCUACGACAAUGACAUCGACGACAAGUUGUUUUGGACAGUCUAUACUCUAGACAGAAGAUGGAGCUUUGGCACAGGGUUGCCGUUUGCCGUUUCAGAUACCGAUAUCACCCGAAAGUCGAAGCCGGAUGACGAAAGCAUCUCUUCAGCAUAUCUGAACCAGAUGAUUUCUUACUGUAACAUCGCUUCAGAUGUCCGGAAGUCAUUAUUUAACCAAUUGGCCUCCGCUGCGUUACCCACGUCGACACGUGACUUUCUCGAGUUCCGUGUUUUGCAAUGGCAACAAAAUUUGCCGGUGAAACUACGAUUCCAAGCCCCCCAGGACAGUUUCGACCCUUCUAAAGAAUCAAGAGGUGAAUUUAGGCUUCGGUUGCUGCUCUAUUUGAGAGCCAAUCAAAUGAGGAUAGUCAUACAUCGCAAGUUUGCUACGAGGUCGGAGACAGAUACCCUUGACCCUUCCACAACUCGCCCCAUGGUUGAGGUUGCUCAGAGUACCAUCCAUGUACUUCUUUCAAUCGCCCGUGAAACGGACAUCUAUUAUGCCCAGCACAAGACUUUCAACCACUUUCUAGAAACUGCCCUGUCAUCACUGCUCUUGGUUCUGUGUUCACCUGCGGCGUCCCAUCAUUCGUCGUGUCUGACAGAUGUUUUCAUGGCAAUGGACUUCAUAGGGCAACUGGCUAAAAGGUCACCAAUUUCCGAAAGGUUAAAAAAUAAGCUUCAGGGUAUUCAACAACUAAUCUUCGAAGCCAAUGGCCAGAGCCUGAAACCCUCAUAUCUUCACACAAUGAACGCCGCAACAUCGGAAGGCUCCUCACAAAGAAACGAUACAGCAACAUUUGUGCAUUCAGAACCCAGCAAGCCGGCAGCACAGACUCGGCAGUCAGAACAAGUGGAGUUACUCACGAAUUCACUCAACACAUGGGCACCGGUCCAUCAACCACCAUUGCAACAAAUAAGAAGCAGCGCAACCACAGAUUCGCAGGUAGAAACAAUAAUUCCAUCGCCAACAACAUCUAUUGCAAAGCCAUCCCAGCCAAUCUGGAUCAAUUAUGAGGGCUCUACAAACCUUGUAGUUGCGGGCAAUCAAUCUGAUGGAAGCUCCCCGGCACAGGGCGGGUCAUUCGAAAGUAUCCCCAAAGUUGAUGGAGUAUGGCCAUUUGCAACCACAGAUGCUGCAGGUCCACAUGAAAUGGACUUAACUAGUGAGGAUCUUGCCAUCUUUCGUUCUCCAGACAUGGCCGAAAUAUUGAAAGACUAUGAUUCUUUUUUCUUUUAG